GGGUGUUGUGUGUCAAGGCUGCUGACUUCUCCCUACGCUAUUAGCAGAUUAUGUGUCGAUGAUCAAAACAUUUGAUUAACAAGAACAUAUUGCUUACAAGUUUUAUCACACGUCAGAUGCCAAAUGUCAAUGCCAGUAAAUCUACUUCUCCACCUGAUGGUGGAAACGUAGAGGAACGAUAUGAAAAAAACACACCACAAACUCACUCAGAUGGUGUCAGAGUGACACAAGUGGCUAAAUCGUCCAAUAAGCAGACAAACAAUAAGACUGAAUUAGCUUUUUUACCUGUUGGAAGUCAUUUCAAGACUGAAAGAGGUGGAGAGCUGGAUCCUUCAACACAAAUACAAACAGACACUAAUGUGGAAAAAGUUACUAACACCUGUUCCAUUGAGUACACAAGCCAAACAGAGAGAGAACGUGUCAUUAGAGAGUUGGCCAUCACUAGUACUUCAUUUAUUGGGCCUGUGUGUCGCCCGGAGCCAUCCAUCGAGCAGGAGCUUUCUGAAUUUUACAAAGAGCUUGAGGAAGUUGAUAAGAUUGACGUCAAUGUGGACACCAAAACGUUUGAACCGCAUGACCUCCAUCCUUCCGACAAGCCCGAAGGCGAUCAACCAAACAGUACAGACAUUCCUGUUGUCGUAACUGAUCACGGCAGAGCCUACAGACCUUACCCAGAUCCACAAGAACGCAACCAAAAAGAUCCAAAAAGAUGGAGACCUCGCUUGCAAUGUAAUAUGGAUGACUUUGGUAGAGGAGGAUAUCCAGAGCCGUGGUAUCCUCCUCCACCAUGGGUUCCUCCACACCCAAGGGUGCACUUCUUCCCUCCCCCAACCUCUGGAGGUGCUAUCAUGUAUCCUCCAGACAUGAGACCUCAGGAGAACGUCUUCCACAGUUUUCGUGCUAACAACAACAGCUGGGGCCCAUGGGAAGGACCGCCAUUACCUUCGAACAGGUGGCAUGAACAAAACAAGGGUUUCCAGUCACACGAGCGUCCAAGAUUCUCUGAGGAAUAUCAAACAUCUUCAGCACACUGGCAGCAGCAUUAUCAUGAAAAAGACCAAAAUCAGCAUUGUAAUGACACUUCUUUGGUGCUCAUAUUGUUGAGGGGAGUCCCAGGAUCUGGAAAAUCCACUUUGGCAAGAGAGCUCUUGUCCACUGGUCCCAAUGGAUUAAUACUGAGCACAGAUGACUACUUUUUCCAAGACAACAGAUAUGAAUUUGAUUCUGCUCUGCUUGGUGAUGCACACGACUGGAACCAGAAGAGAGCCAAGCAGGCGAUGUUGGAGGGCCGCUCGCCUGUUAUCAUCGACAACACUAAUGUUAAAGCCUGGGAAAUGAAGCCUUAUGUUCAAAUGGCUUUAGACAACGGAUACAGAGUGGACUUUCUUGAGCCAGAUACCCGCUGGAAAUAUGAUCCUGCCCAGUUAGAAAAGAGGAACAAGCACGGAGUCCCUCGAGAAACAAUAGCAAAGAUGCUGGAUGGUUUCGAGCGGCCGAUGAAUGUUGACAUUGUGAUGAAUUCUGUGCUGCCUCCCCAUAAAAAGAAAGGCCAUUAACAGAGAACCGAUGACAAUUAGCUGUUCUUGAAAUAGAAAUAUUUUCAUGUUAUCAUUCUGAAUGAUAGUGGGUAUGUAUGUAUAUAUAUAUAUAUACACACACACACACACACAUAUAUAUAUUAAUACAUUUUAAUAUUAAUUUUAAUACAUACUGAUGCAGCUAAAGAUGUUUUUAAUGACUAUAUGGUGAUUUAAUUUUUUUAAUGGCCAUUGGCAUAUCUAUUUAUUUGAAAUACUAAAAACAUUUUACAAAAGAAAUAUAAUUUUUUAUUUUAUUUUUACAUUUUUUCUGUAAUUAUGCCAAAUGCACAUAUGAAAAUGAUUUUUGCUGUUCUAGUUUUGUCCAUUGUAAUAUAAAAAUGUAAAUCAUAAAUUACCACAUUGAUAAGUGUGGAACAUUGUUGGGAUAAGACCAUUGGAGUUUUAUAAAUCUUUCGACUUUUAGACAGUCUGACACAUAAAAUUAAUGCUGAGGUUCCAGAUAGAAGAAUAAAUCAAAAAUAUUAUCCGUAGUGACAUGCUGAAUUAGGAGCAUUUUUUAUGCAUUCUCUGUCUUUCUUUUUUUCUUUUCAAAAGACCGGCAGCUCAAAUCUAGAAACUGAUCUGAUCUCAGGAUUUACAUUUUAUGAAUAUUCUGUACAUUGUUGAUGGCUCAUGUACUAAACGAGACACUCUUUUCUGAAGUGCUGAAUAUUUUUGUAAAUAAAUGUUGAUUUGUUUUGAUAAAAUGGAAAUUAUUUCUACACUU